AUGGCAGACAGUUAUAAUUCGGCCAGCUCCGCGUUUUUUAUUAAUAAUCUAACAACUGAGUGGAACCUGAACAAAAUUCUCAACCAUAAAGAGUGCUCGUAUUUGAAUUACGACGAUAACAAAAUCAGAUGGGAUGGAGGCUUUGAAGCACUAAAACAUUUUGUCGAACGUGUCGUCAACCUACACGGUAAAUGGAGUUCACCGGGUGGCAGCUCGAAGAAAUUUACCUGCUCUAGCCUAGACCUAACGAUUACUUGGUCUCAAGGAAAACGAAACACUCUCAUACUACAUGGUCAGGCAAGUUCAACAUUGGCAGAUAUAUUGACCGAAAUCGGUAAAAAAUCGAUAUAUAGCGACGCUAGGGAGGAACGAAGUCUGCGAAGCGACAAAGACCAGACGGUCAUUGUUUGUUUAUCAGACGACACAUUAGGUGGGAAAAGUCUGGGCGACAACAGUGGUGAAUCAACAUUGAAAUCAGCCGAUAGUACAGCCUGCGAAAUAUCCACUCACUCACUUGGAAGCGACAUGUCUGAAAGAUCUAGCCAGGUGAGAUCAAAUUUACCUCAUUGCAAUACAGUGUUGAAACGUGACUGUGACUGUCAGUGUAGAUUACUAGCUGCAGAACUUGAGGGGAUUAAGCUAGACUUAGUCAUAAUGCAAAAAAACGUUGAGUCUAAUAUAAAUGUAGUUAACAAUGAUGAAGUAACCAAACUAAAGCGGGACCUCCGUAGCGAAAGGCAAAAAAGUAAGCGACUUGAGGCUGAAAAUAAGCGACUGGAAGCCGAUAUGACAAUCCUAGUGAGGGGGAGAAAUAAUGAAGUUAACGAUCUGAAUAAUAUCAUUGUGUCGCUCGAAAAUAAAGUCAAGACAAUUGAAGCGUUAAAUGACACAUCCACAAUGUAA